AUGGAGGUCGUGGUGGAGAAUGCAUCUGGCAUCCCUGAGGGAAGCAUUUUGUCCAUCCGUGCUGGCAACGUCAGACGGCAAGGCACGCUUUCCACCGACAAGCCAGUGCAGUUCACUCAGACUAGUCUCUUGGAUGCCUGCCCUUUCAAAGUGGACCUCUUUGCCCCGUUGGGGAGUUCGAGACUGGUGCUUCGACCAAAGAGUGAUCGCUACUCUGUUAGCUUCGGUGACAAAGACCAGAAGAUGAGUUUGGAUCUCUUGGUACAGGGACUCUCAGAGGCUGCACCAGAGAAGCCGCAGCCCACCGCUCCGCGUGAAGAGCUUUUGUCUGAGACCGAGGCUUAUCUGGAGCGUCACGAGCUUCAGCGCUUCAUCCAGAAUCUCAUCACGAGCGUUCUGGCCGACAAGCCGGACGAUCCCUAUGCGUACAUGGCACACCACCUCUCCAACGUGCGAGUGAAGGAAAUUCCGCGGCCGCCAUCGGUGCAGGCAGCGCAGGGCACGCCGAGUCACAUCAAGCGCCCAGCCAAGAAGCCUGCACGGUUGACGCCUCACAAGCGGAGCUUUGGCAACCCGUCCUUCGUGGUGGAAGACUAUGAUGGGAACCUGCUUACACUUCGGGAACUUGAGGGCAAGGACAUCAUUGGUCCAGGAGCGGAGUUGAGACGCUUACGGAUCGAUGAGUUGGGCAAGAUGUUCCCGUCGAAAAGUCUUUCCUCUCCCUUGACCGAAAUCGUCGGCCAGUUCAUCGCGAAAGAUGCGAGUGCCACACAGGCCAUUCAGCUUGGCAGCACCGACUGCUUCUACCAGAUGCCACUUGCCGGUCCCAGGUCGUUGCUGCAUUUUGAUCCCGAGGACGUUGUGGCCACGCUGGUCACCUGUGGUGGCUUGUGCCCUGGUAUCAACGCAGUCAUCCGUGAAUUGGUAAUGAUGCUUGCGCAGUAUGGUGUCCGGAAGAUUUAUGGUAUCCGUGGUGGCUACAAGGGAGUGAUCAAGCCGGAGACUUGGAUGGAGUUGACGCCAGACAGUGUGCAGGACAUCAACAGCAUGGGAGGGACUAUUCUUGUCAGCGACCGCGGCAACCCCACAGAGGAGGAACAAGUGAAGGUUCUGAUGGAGAUGGGAGUCCGUGCCCAUUUCAUCAUCGGAGGAGAUGGAACCCAACGUGGUGCUUACGAUUGCGCGCAACUGGUGAAAGCCAAAGGCUGGAAUUGCUCAGUUGUCGGAGUUCCGAAAACCAUUGACAACGACAUCCCCAUGCUGGAUUGUACGUUUGGUUUCGACACGGCGUGUAUGGAAGCGGAGAGGGCCAUCAAGGCUGGAUAUGUUGAGGCCAACUGCAAUUCCAAUUGCAUCGGCCUCGUCAAGCUGAUGGGUCGAAACUCGGGAUUCAUUGCCUUGCAUGCCUGCCUAGCGGCACGGCACGCGGACAUAGUGCUUCUUCCAGAGAUGAAAAUCUGCUUGGAGAAGGUACUGCAGCAUUGCUUGGAGCUGAUGCAGUCAAAGGGUCGCUGCGUGAUUGUGGUGGCCGAGGGCUGUGGCGAAACGAUGCUCAAAAGCUGUGGGGAAGAUGGCGAAGUCGAUGGUGGCGGCCACAAGAAGCUCCCAGAUGUGGGGCCAUGGCUUCGUGACAAGCUGAUUGAGCGUUUCAAGCAGGUGAAGCUACCGCUGACGGUCAAGUACAUUGAUCCGACGUAUAUGAUUCGUGCCAUCGGGCCAAAUGCAAAUGACAGCGUUUACUGCUCUUCGUUGAGCCACAAUGCUGUGCAUGCUGCUAUGGCCGGCUACACAGGAAUUACCGUUGGACAGGUCAGCAGCCGACAGGUGCUGUUGCCCAUCGCGUGCGUCACCAAGAAUCCGCAGAAACGAGUUGACCUCAAGGGCCAAAGGUUCCAGGAGCUUGUCAGCUCCACGUUGCAGCCCAACUUAGCACCCGACGGUGAAGAUGAGGAGGUUGAACAUGCACCGGCACCUGUGGAAAACCCGUUGCUGCAUGAUUCUGAGCCUGUCGAGCUCCUCAGCGCCAUGGGAGAAGGAUGCGAGGUCCGACGCCUCGAGCUUGAGCACCUAUCCAACACGUUUGGCGAACAGUCGGAAACCACCACUCUCAUGGAGCAGGUGAAGGGAGGUCGAGUUAGCUUCUUCGACCAAGCCUCCUGGGUCACUCAGACACUUGGUCUGCCCGGUGUCCGUCUCCAGAUGUUGAAGGCCGGACCACGAAAGAAGCUGUACUUCAAGCCUUCGGAGGUGGCGGCCACGAUUGUGACUUGUGGUGGCUUGUGCCCUGGUUUGAACUCCGUCAUCCGUGAGCUGGUCAUGAUGCUGUAUGCGUAUGGCGUCAAGAAGGUCUACGGCAUCAAAGGAGGUUUCAAAGGCGUGGUGAAUCCACAGAGCUGGGUGACGUUGACGCCCGAGAAAGUCAAGGACAUUCAUCUUCAGGGCGGCUCGAUCCUGGUCAGCGAUCGUGGGAACCCUCCGCACAGCGAGAUGGCAAAGGCGCUGAAGAAGCGGGGUGUGCGGCAGCACUUUGUCCUUGGUGGCGACGGCACGCAGAAAGGCGCAUACCAGACUUACGAGCAGAUGCAAGCCAUCGGUUGGGAGUGCGCCGUUGUGGGCAUCCCGAAGACAAUCGACAACGACAUCAACCUGCUGGACCGCAGCUUUGGCUUCGAUACAGCCAUGACGGAGGCGCAGAAGGCAAUUGAAGUUGCCUACAUCGAAGCCACGUGCAAUGCAAAUGCCAUUGGCCUCGUGAAGCUCAUGGGCAGGCACUGUGGCUACUUGACGAUGAUGUCGGUAUUGGCUGCACGCCACGUGGACAUCUGCCUUCUGCCAGAGAUGGACAUCAACUUGGAUAAGGUCCUUGAUCACUGCGUUGAGCUUGUCAGCACGAGCGGAUAUGGCGUGGUCGUGGUUGCGGAGGGCUGUGGCGACACGCUGCUGCACAGCUCAGGAGCAACCGACGAAGGCGGAAACAAGAAGAUCAACGACGUUGGGCCGUGGCUGAAGGAUGCCAUCACUACGCACUUCAAGAACUUGAAGCUGCCAGUUACAAUCAAGUAUGUGGACCCGACCUACAUGGUUCGUGCAGUCCCGGCCAAUCCCAACGACAGCAUCUAUUGCUCCGAGCUGGCACAGGCUGCAGUGCACGCUGCCAUGGCUGGCUACACAGGCGUGACCGUGGGCAAAGUGGACCAACAGGUCGUCUACCUUCCCAUCAAGAUGCUGACUUCGAUGCCCAGCCGCGUUGUCGACAUCAAUGGCCGAUGGUUCGAAGCACUCCGCACCACAACGCAACAGCCAAACCUGGAGUGGGUCGGCAACGCCGCGGCCAAACCAAUCGACCCGACGAAGAAGAACUACAUGCAGCGUUUCCGGCGCAAUGGGUCCAAAGCAGGCCCGAGUACGCCGAACAUGCCAAACACGCCGAACACUGUUUAG